UGAAAUUCCCUCACACACCCACCGCGCGCGCGGGAUGCAACCCUCCCCUUGAGGCCACUCUGGAUCUCAGACAGCAUGAAGCGGCGGGUGCUGGGGAACCGGUCAAGGCACUCUGUGAUAGUACUUCGUCACACCAACCACCACGAUCAAAAUUGAGGUCGUCGGGCAGUCCGAGUUCCAGCGAGUGGGCAGACACAUGUGAUGCUGUCCAUCCUGGCCACCUUCCUUCUCUUCGCAGCUUCACGUCGGUGGGGGAGUCCGGAUCACCUACCUGAGUACCUCCCUAGCCGGCUGCACGCCAUCUGGCACUUCGAAGUUCACAUCCCCCGCAAAAAAAGACCUGUGCAGAAUACUUGGUUUGGUUCGGCGGAUUCUCACGGCACAAGCGCUCCCGAGAGACAUACGGCGUCAUGCCUCGAAAAGGCGAUUUCUUCAUGUGCACCGGCGAUGUUUGCUCGUUGCGGAAGGUUCGACUUGCUCGCCGUUGACGAGUUGCCCCCCAAGUUGCCCGAUGCCGUUAGAUUGGCUCGCCGAGACGGGGUUCUCCAGAUGAUGCGCGCAACCGAUGACACUCGCGCAUCGACCACCACCAACCACCACUAACCACCACCACCGCCACCACUACACAGCAACCCCACCGAAUGCCUCUUUACUCUCGAGCACUCUAGGCAAAUCGGAUGCUGGAAUUCGCAGCCGCCGCCGCAGAGCCGUUCGACUGUUCUCUCUCUGGUGAUGACGUCCGGGAGAACUUUCCAGCGCCGGUACCGGUUU